AUGGCACGAUGGGGUUUGGUAAUGUGUUUGGUGCUCGCAGCACUUUUACAGAUCAACGCUGAUGGAACAAGCAAUGCUCAAACUGCUGUUACGGGACUUUUGAAGAAUAUGAUGGACACCACGAAAGAUCAAACACAAUCUUUAAUAAAUGGAAUCGGACAACAAAAGGCUGGUCUUGUCGAUCGCACUAAAACUGAAGAAUUAACAAGUAUUGUCAACCAACUCCCAGAUAAAUUAACUGCACUUGCUAAAGCAGCUGAGAUAACUUUGGAUGCCACCGUUUCAGCAGCUGCCAAUGUCAUCAACACUGCAGUCGGUACAAUUAAUAGUGCUGUUGGUGCUGUUGUUACAACACUGUCCGACGUUGUCAGUGCACUCGGUGAAGUUCUCAAAGCUGUUCUCGACCUUGUUGCUUCAUUGUUGAACGUGGUUCUUAACCUUUUGGGAAACCUCCUCGGCGGUAUCAACAAUGUAUUGACUGGACUCCUCGCUCAAGUAUUGAAACUCUCGAAUUCAGUUACUAGCAGUCUUGAACAAACCAUUCAUCCACAACUCAAACUCAUCGAGCAAUCAGUCGAUCAAAUUUUGGAUUUUAUUGAUCUUAAGCUCAUUCCAGCCGUGAAAUCUUUAUCACAAGCAGUUCUCACUCUUCUUGCCGAAGUUUUAUAUUUGGUCGCCCGAAUUGGCCAAUUGGUUACCGACUUAUUGAACGGUAUUCUCUAUGAACUCUUCGGAGUAUUAUCAAGCGUUGGUAGCACACUCCAGAACGUCCUAGGUUCAGCUGUCGGCACAAUAACUGGCGUUCUUUCAGCAGUUACUGGCUGCCCAGGCUGUCUCAAUGGUCCCUUGAGCAAGGGAAAUGGUGGCGGUCUUCUCGGCCUCAAUCUCGGCAAACGUCGACGAAGUGUUGUCAAACCUCUUGCCUUCUAA